CGCCAAUGUAAAAAACAAAGAGUGUACUCACUACGAUUUAGAUUCUCUACUAUAAAUUUUCUUUCUUUUCCUUUCGUUUUCCCCGUGUUCCAUUCCCCUCCCUUUGCAAAACUUUCCUCUCUUCUUUUACAAAUUUAUCAGGACAAUCUAAUCUGAUCUUCCAUUCCCCUUUUCAUGGCUGACGCAGAAUUCCAAGAGUCUGACGUUAUAUUUUCCGACCACAGCAGCAAACAUUACAGCGAACAUGACGAGGAUGCUGCUGAUAAUGAUGAUGGGCACUUGGAUUACCAAGGAUUCUCCAAAAACGGCCCUGUUUCACGUAACUACAACAAGAAGUCCAGGAAAAAUAAUUCCAAGAAGAAGUUAGCCUCCGGUUCGCUUCCUGUUAACAUUCCACGCCAUCAUCACGGUGGUAGUGUUUUUCAUUGCGGCAGUGAAGCUGAUGAUUUUGAGGAAGAUGAGGAAGGGGAAAUAGUGCCUCCCCAUGUGAUUUUAGGAAGGAGAAUUGCUGGGAAGAUGGCGUUUUCGGUUUGUACUGGCAAUGGAAGGACACUUAAAGGAAGGGAUUUGAGUCAAGUUCGCAAUUCAAUUCUUAGAAUGACAGGAUUUUUGGAAGCAUAACCAUAUUCAAAUCUUCUCCCUUUUUUUUUUCUUUCUUCUUUUGGUAUUCAUUUCACAAUUCAGAAAUGAACUGGGAAAAAUUUGCUUUCCUUUGUUAUUAUCAGGGCUUUUUUUUUUCACUUUUUUAUUCAUUGUGACAGGAAAAAAAAUGGAAUUAAUUAUAGUAACAGAUAAAUAUUGAUGAGUUUCAACAAUUAA